GCAAAAGUUCGCCCUCGUCUGAGCGCUGGGACAGCUCUGACACGCGGAGUUUAUAUCGUCCACACAUUGAUGCUGAGAACUUUCUCAUGAGUGGCCAACACAACGCAUAACAAAGAGCCGCUUUAGGAAACACAAUCAUUCCGGCGUUGAUUGUAAUGGGAUUUUAAUAAUCGAGACUGACGGAGUCUUCAUUUUUUGUUCGCGGAGACUGGACACACCACUUCUUCACUCGCCCCGUAGCCUACAUCUCACCCAGGUGUGGAGAUGCCCACAACUAUGAAGCCCACCAUAGCUGUGACGACUUUAUCUACGACUGAGAGUGGAUUCUGCUGAAUUCUGCUGCCGCCUUCUUUUGGGAGGGAGUGGGCAGACAGACAGACCACAAACAAGACAGUGCAGUCUGGGGAGGGAAUAGACAAGCCUACGGACCAUCAGCCACACAGUCCACUGUCGUCUGUGCAGUACGACCUACAGGCCGAGAGACACAGCCAGCCAGUUCACUGCCAUCUGUGCAGUCCGACCUACAGGCCGAGAGACACAGCCAGCCAGUCCACUGCCAUCUGUGCAGACACACAUACAGACUGAGAGACAGUCCAGUCCAGUCCACUGCCAUCUGUGCAGACACACAUACAGACUGAUAAACAGUCCAGUCCAGUCCAGUCCACUCUGGAAGGGGACAGCCAGACAGUGAGACAGGAUGAGGUCCCUCACUCCAAGAUGUCCGCCCCCGCUCCUCCUCCUCCUACUACUCCUCCUACCCUCCCCUGGCCUUAGCAGCGAGUGCCCGGAGAGCUGCAGCUGCAUGCCCGGCGGCGACAGCAUCUUCUGCAUGGAACGGCGCUCCAGCCACAUGCCCAGCUCCAUCCCCUCCACCACCAAGCACCUCUACGUGUUCCAGAACGACAUCGAGGCGCUGUCCGAGGAAGACUUUGCGGGGCUCGGCGGCCUCGAGUCGCUGGACCUGAGCCAGAACGAGCUGACGGAGCUGCCCGACGGCGUCUUCUCCCAGCUCUCCUCGCUCCGCAACUUGGACCUGUCGGCCAACCAGAUCGCGCACGUCUCCGAGCGCUGCUUCCGGGGCCUGGCCUCCCUGGAGCGCCUCUACCUCUUCAACAACCGCAUCCAGAGCAUCCACCCGGACACCUUCGAGGGCCUGGACAAGCUGCUGGAGCUCAAGCUGCAGCUCAACGCCUUCGCGGUGCUGCCGCCCAUACGCCUCUCCCAGCUCCUGCUGCUGGACAUCAGCCACAACCGCAUCCAGCCGCCGGCCGCCUCGGACCUCCAGAGCCCCAAGCUGGAGUCCCUGAAGAUGGCCGGGCUGGGCCUCACCGACCUGGACGAGGAGCUGAUGAGCUCCCUGCACAACCUCCACGACCUGGACCUCUCCCAGAACCAGCUGGUGGCCAUGCCCGCCGCCCUCAGGUCCGCGCGGGGGCUGAUCAGCCUCAGCCUGGCCUCCAACCAGCUGGGAGGGCUGGUGAAGGAGGACUUUGAGAACCUGGUCUCGCUGCAGGAGUUGGAUCUGAGUCACCUGAACCUCCAGGGUUUUCCGGAGGGCUUCUUUCAGCUCUUCCCCAGGCUGAGGGAGCUGACGGCCGCAGAGAACCCUUUCAACUGCCUGUGCCCGCUGGCCUGGUUCCCUUCCUGGCUCAGGAACCACAAGGUGUCCCUGGGCCGCAAGGAGGAGACGCGCUGCCACUUCCCCCCCAGCAACGCGGGCCGCGUCCUGGUCGAACUGGACCACCGGGACUUCGGCUGCCCCGUCACCACCACCGUGGCCACCCGCCCGCCCACCGUCAGCAGCACCCUGGCCCCGCCGUCCCCAACGCCAGGCACGGGAACCGGAACUGGCACCGGGACCACCACGCCAUCCCUGCCCAGCUACAUCACCCCUUCCCUGGAGGCUGGAGACCCCCAUCACCCCCCACAUCACCCCCACCCGCCGGCAGCCUCCCCCAGCGGCGCCGAGGAGGGGGACCGCGAGGAGCUGAUGUGUCCCGCCACCAUCUGUUUGAACGGGGGCACUUGCAAGUUCAACCAGCAGGGACAGGUGGAGUGUUUGUGCCCGCCUGACACCACGGGCAUCUACUGCGAAGACCUGGAGGAGUCCCCGUCGCUCCCCUCCUCGCCUCGGAUCGCCGUGGCCCCCGCCGCCACCGCGGCGGCCACGCCGGAGCCGGACAUCAGCGCGCUGCUGGUGACCAGCACCUCCAUCACAGUGGACCUGCACCGCUACAUCGAGACGCGGCCGCACAUCCGCGGCAUCCGGCUGACCUACCGCAGCCUGUCCGGGCCCGACCCGCGGCCCAUCCGCCUCAGCAUCCCCAUCUCCUACCCGGAGUACACGCUGCGCGCCCUGCGGCCCAACAGCACCUACUUGGUCUGCGCCGGCAACUUCGGGGAGGACGAGGCCGACGACACGGCCGCCGAGACCUGCUGUACCAGGGCGCGGACGGAUGACUACCCAGCGCAGCAGCCGGAGCCAGCCCACACCGAGGGUCCCCCGGUGUCCCUGCUGCAGCUGGCUCUGGCCGGCCUGGCCCUAGUGAUGGUGGUGAUGGCCUGCCUGUUGGCCGCCUGGUUCCUACGCAGGCGGCGGAGGAGGAAGCUGGCCAAGGCUGGGCACAUAGAGCUGGACACUGAGGGGGGAGAGCACACGGAGCUGGAGGGGGUGAAGGCCUGUUUGGAGAACGGCAACGGGAACGGUGGAGUGGGUGGUGGUGGUGGUGGUGGUGGUGUUGGGGGCGCGCUUCCCCAAAAGCAGCCGGCCGAGAUCAUCAUGACCUGCUCCUCCCCCAGUAGUCCGACGCAGACCACCACGCCGAACGGCAUAGAGUACGAAGCGCUGCUCGUGCAAGGGGGGGGGCAACACCAUCAGGGUGGCACCACCAACAACAACGUGAAGCCCUCGUACUUCUGAAGCCUGGACACGAGACAGAGAGAGAGCAAGAGACAGUCAACAGAGUGUAGUUGAAGGCAACUGGACUUCUUCUUCUUCGCAGCGUUAACUACAACUAAACUCUUUUGACUAGGCUGACCGGGAUGAAUGAGAAUCCUCACAGACGAAAGAGAGAGGGAGAAGCAGCUUUUCAGCUGUAGGUGUUCUUUUACAGUAAGGACAGCUAUUCUGCUGCCGUUCAGACCACCAGCCCAUAGUGGGCGCUCUGUCUGGCUUUGCCUUUUACCUUACUAUUCCCAUUCUUCCCCCAAUACAAUGGCUACGCUGCGGGCUAACUGACUGCUAACUGCUCCAGAGCAAGUGUGAGAGGAAAUGUGAAAAAACAGUUCUGCUCAGCCUGGCUUUGGCCUUGGCCUUGAACCUUACCUAACCAUACUCCCCUUCUCUCCCUAAACAGUGGCCAUUCCAGUGGCUAACUGACUGGGCUAACUGCUUAAGAAAAAGCGAGAGAAGAAACGACGCCUGCUAAGCUGUUGCUCUGCCUGGCUUUGAACUUUACCUUACUUUCUUUCUCCCCCAAGCCAAACAACAGCCAUGCCGAUGGCUAACGGACUGCUCAACUUCUCAAGAGCAAGGAGAGAAAAAAAAACACACACACAUACACACACCCAAGCCAGCUUAACUUUCGCUUUGCCAAAAAAAAUCCCAGUAUUGAAAAGUGCAAUUGCCUACGGAGGUGUUUUUUUUGUUUGUUUGUUAUUUUCAUCGACUUUUGCUCUUGAAAAUGAAGGUGCCUUUUUAUAUUGUCGCAUUUCUCAUAUGUCUGGCUGGCUUGUAUCGUAACGAUUUCUUUUUGUACCCGUAAAACUCAAAAGAUGUAAUAACUUUUGCAAAUCGUUGUUGCUGGACGGACUUGAGGGGAAGGAGUCGUUGCGUCGAGACACGGGGGAGUGUGCUGGGAAGACUGUCGUACAGUAACUGUAAAAUUGGCCCCAGUCCCAAGCAGGGCCGCUGAUAGCUUUUGCCAGGCCCAGGACAAAGUCAUCUGAAAGGGCCCCCACCCCCCAUCCAUCGCAUACAAUGUGAAAACCCAGGCUUGGGGCCCCUCUCUUUCUGGGCCCUGGACAACUGAACCCUUUGCCCCCCCCCCUGGGCCCAAGGACUGACUGAGAGAGUUGAGGCCGUGGGGAGCCAGAGGGAGGAGAAGGAAUAUUGAGAAAGGGAGUGGAGAGAUGAGGAGAGAGAGAGAGAGAGAGAGAGAGAGAGAGAGAGAGAGAGAGAGAGAGAGAGAGAGAGAGAGAGAGAGUUGGUGGGACGGUUGUUUGGGGGAUUGGGGAGAAAGGGAAAGAACAGGAAACUCACCGAAGUGAGUGAAUGUGUGUGUCGUGUGUGUGUGUGUGUCAUGUGCGUGUAUGUGUGUGUGUGUGUGUGUGUGUGUGUGUGUGUGUGUGUGUGUGUGUGUGUGUGUGUGUGGCGUGUGUGUGUGACAGCGUGCGACACAACACGGCGGGCCGACACACACCAGGGCUGCUGUGAGUGAGCACUUUUGUCACCGUGGCGAUGGGCCAUUUUCUUUCGUCUCCUGCUCUGCUCUGCUCUGUUCUGCUCUGCUCCGCUGACUCCUGUUUUCAGAACGCUGCACUGACGGGGGAUGGGGGGGG